GCACUUGAGACAUGUCCUUUUGCUCGUGUAAAAAUUUCCUCAUUUCCUCACGCUGAUCGCUGUUCUGUCCCUUUGCUCCCCUCUUGCUCUCUCUCUCUCUCUCUCUCUCUCUCUCUCGCUCGCGCUCGCUGCAAAUCUCAGCCGGAUCGCCAAAGCAGAUGGCAAUGCAGGAACCUACUCCUACUGCUCCGCCUAGUGCCGAGGUAGUUGGCAAUGCUUUUGUGGAGCAAUAUUAUCAUAUCCUUCACCAGUCCCCAGAAAUGGUGCAUAGAUUUUACCAGGAUUCAAGUUUGCUGAGCCGACCAGAUGUUAAUGGUGUGAUGACUAAAGUCACAACGAUGCAAGCUAUCAAUGAGAAGAUUAUGUCCCUGAAUUACGAAGACUAUACUGUGGAGAUAGAAACUGCUGAUGCGCAAGAGUCUCAUGAGAAAGGGGUGAUUGUUCUUGUUACUGGAUGUCUAACUGGAAAGGAUAAUGCCAGAAGGAAGUUUACUCAGACAUUCUUUCUAGCUCCUCAAGACAAAGGCUACUUUGUUCUGAAUGAUGUUUUUAGGUAUGUUGGGGAAAGUGAAUCAUUGGUCAAUGGUACGAAUGAUAAUGCGCCAGCAGUUGCAUUGAUCCCUGAACUUGGGGCCAUAAAUGCUCCAGAUCAACUUGCUGCUGAGCCUGCAGCUGCCAUCGAGGAGGAAGAUCUUGAGAAUGUUGCUGAAGUGUGUGAUCCCUCAGAUAAUGAAGGCUCUGUGCUUGAAGAAGAGACCAUUGAAUCCCCAGUUCAUAAAGCUGCGGAAUCCAUUCCUGCAGCUGAGGAGGAUGCUCCAAAGACAUAUGCCUCCAUCCUUAAAGCAAUGCAAGGUAAUGCAGCAUCUCGCUCUGUUCCUGUUCCUUCCAAUAGAGCGGCUGGUGGAGCUACAACCAAUGUGCAGCAGUCAACUGUUUCUGUACCUGCAAAACCCAGUGCUCCCAUCACAUCGGCACCGGUUAGUGAUGAUGCUCCUGAAAGCAGCAACCAUAAUGAAGAAGUUGAAGGCCACUCGAUAUAUAUACGGAACUUGCCUUACAAUGCAACAGUUGAGCUACUUGAGGAGGAGUUCAGAAAAUUUGGGCCCAUAAAACCUAAUGGCAUCCAAGUCCGUAGUGCUAAGCAAGGUUCAUGCUUUGGUUUUGUUGAGUUCGAAGCAUUGAGUUCCAUGCAAAGUGCACUUCAGGCAUCUCCAAUUACGAUAGGGGACUAUCAAGCAGUUGUUGAAGAGAAAAGAACUACUACUCGAGUUACUGGAAAUAGCGGUGGCAGUAGAGGCAGGUACUCUAGUAGAGGUGGAUUUCGCAGUGACAGCUUUAGGGGGCGUGGAAAUUACAGUGGUGGUCGGGGCUAUGGUAGGAACGAGUUCAGAGCUCAGGGUGACUAUUCAGGUCGCCCGAGAGGCUCGGCAGGACGUGGUGGUGAAACUUAUCAACGGGUUAAUCCGAAUGGAUUAGGCAGAGGUGGGCGUCAAGGUGGCGGAAAUCGCGGCUCCGUGCCUCCUUCAACGUGACCGGGAUGCACAUUUGAGAGACCAAUUUUUUGGCGGUACAAAGAUGAGGAGUUCAAAGGAAGUGGAAGCGAUUUUUUUCCAUUUCCUUCUUACCCUUUCGUAAUUGUGACUGCUUAUGAUAAGAGCUAAUUUUGGGCUUGGGGAAUUUCAUAGGAGCUUAUGUGACAGGAGAGAGGUGAUUUUGUGAUUAUAUAUUCUUCUGCAACAUGUCACUAAUUUUUUUUCUUUUUCCCCUCCAAGUACUGCUAUUGCUUUUAUCUCGUUACUUGGUCACGGGGAAAGGGAAUUCGGUCACAUGUUUGCAAUGCUAGUUGCCACCAUGGCCUUAAACUCUUGCUCAUGGUUUGCUAUGUAUAAGAUGCGAGACGAUUUGCAUGCUCA